CUUUUAAAAUCUAUUAUUCUUCGAGUCCCGGAGCCUACCUUUCCUUUUCUUUUUCCUCUUCUUUAUAAUUUUUCUCACAAUAAACAAACUCUUUCAAACAGUUUAAUUUUAAUCUCUUUAUUUUAAUCCUUAAUAUAUUUUUUUUUCUCUUCUUUAAUUUCCUGUUUCCUGCUUUUGAUGUUGGCAUGGCCGGUCUUGAUCUAGGCACUGCUUCUCGCUACGUUCAUCAACUCCACAGACCAGACCUUCACCAACCUGACCUUGAAGAUCACCAAGAAGCUGGAGGAGGACCCACCGGCGGUCAGUUCUCCGACGACGGAGCUUCCCACCAAGGUGCCAACUCCGGUUCGGGAGACCUCGUUGCGCGUCGCCCACGAGGUAGACCGCCUGGUUCGAAGAACAAACCAAAGCCUCCAGUAAUCAUAACGCGCGAGAGCGCUAACACCCUCCGUGCCCACAUUCUUGAAGUUGGAAACGGCUGCGACGUGUUCGACUGCGUUGCUAACUACGCCCGCAGGCGGCAGCGUGGAAUAUGCGUACUGAGCGGGAGCGGUACGGUGACGAACGUGAGCAUCAGGCAACCAGCUGCAGCUGGAGCGAUCGUUACGCUUCAUGGAAGAUUCGAGAUACUUUCCCUUUCUGGUUCCUUUCUUCCGCCGCCAGCUCCCCCUGGGGCCACCAGCUUGACCAUAUUUCUUGCUGGCGGGCAGGGCCAAGUGGUGGGAGGCAACGUAGUCGGCGAGCUUAUGGCUGCUGGGCCAGUCAUAGUCAUCGCGGCAUCUUUUACUAAUGUGGCAUACGAGAGACUCCCGUUGGAAGAAGACGACCAGCUGCAGAUGCAGAGCGGCGGUGGCGGCGGCGGCGGAAGUGGCAGCGGCGGAAGCGGUGGCGGGAACUCCAUGUUUGCGGAGGCUGCAGGAAGUGGUCAAGGUGGGGGUCUUCCCUUCUUUAAUUUGCCGCUGAAUAUGCCUCCAAACGUGCAGUUACCAUUCUGAUAAUUGAACUUGAUUUACUUCUGGAUUGUGUGAGAGAUUGUUGGAUUCGUAAAAGGUCAGAACAAGUUAUCAUAUCUUGUUGAUUUUAAUUCUUCAUCUUCUUCUACUUCUGCCUCUUCUGUUUUUUAAAAACGAAAAGAUUCAUUAGAAUUUAAUCCGCGGUGAGAACUUGAACUAAGAGACUCCUCAGAUUAGGUCUAACUUGU